GGGGAAACGCCGACGGGCUGUGUGCGAACUUCGCCAGCGUUCAAUAAAAAAGGGGAUACGACUGGACAGCAACAAUUAACCAGAUCCAGAAAGGGCACGUGAUUGACUUUUUUCCUUCACCUGGCACUGGUGCUAAAACUGGGAACUGAGCCACAUUUAUAUAAAAGAAAAGGCAACGAUGGAGCAAGUCGUGAUACCAACUGAAUGCCCCCUGGAAAAGAAGCUGUUAAUCUUGGACGUUGACGUUGGGGUGGAUGAUGCCCAGGCGAUAAUGGUGGCUCUUGCAGCUCCGAAUGUUUGCAUCCUGGGAAUAACCUGUACUCACGGAAACACGAGCACCGAAAACGUGUGCAGGAACGUGCUGCGAGUGCUGAAGCUGUGUAACAAGAUGGAGUUUAAAUUACUAGAAAGACUAACCUACGAGGCUAAUAAUGAACUUUGCACAACCUCGCUAUCCAGCGUCGAUACCUUAUUCAUGAAAUCUAAAGCAUCCACCUACAAAACAUGUCAAAUCACUGAUAUUCUAGGUUUACAAACAACCAGAGGGAAUGUAAGAGUCUGUGGCGAGUUCAACUUUGUCACAGACCCAGAAGCAGCUGCCAUUGUCCUCAGCCACUUUACCUGUCCCACUCACAUUGCAACCUUGGAAUACAGCCUUCGCCAUCGCCUGCCCUGGGAUUUUUAUCACAAGUGGGUGAAUCAAGAUACCAAAAAGGCUCGGUUUAUAAAGAAGAUAUCUGCGCAUACUGCCAAGUUUGCCCUGGGCAACCAAGGCAGCAAGGAACAGAUUUUUGGGCUUGGCUUCGUGUCCUGUGAUUCCUACGCAAUGGCUGCCGCCAUUGAUGAUUCAGUGGUGACUGAAAGAGCUAAUUAUGGGGUGAGUGUGGAAAUGAGUGGAUCGCUGACCAGAGGCAUGAUGGUCGUAGAUACCCUCGACAUCCUGAAACUUAAACACAAGGCUGUCAUGGAAUGUGAUAUGGAAAAGUUUAAGCAGCUGCUGACUGAUGCUCUGAAUUAAGGUGCAACACAUCCCAAAUGGAAGAACAAAAAGCCAGCAAAUGCCAGAGCUACAAGUUACAUUUGACGUCAAUGCUAGCUUUAAUUCAUGAUUGGUCAGGGCACGAAGGGAUAUGGGGAGAAGGCAGGAGAUUAAGGAUGAGAGGAAGAUUGGAUCAGCCAUGACAAAAUAGCGUAGCAGACUUGAUGGGCCAAAUGGUCCCACUCUGCACCUAUAUCUUGUAGUCUGAAUGGAAAUUAUGAAUAAUUUCAAUGUUAAUGAGGUAAUGAUACCUUACAAAUGUGACUGAAAUUGGUGGGUAUUCUAUGCUUACAAUAACUAAUAACCAAAACGUUCAUAAAGGCUUUAGUGACAAUGUGAACUACAGAUAAAAUAUUGAGUGGACCUGUUGUGGAAAUUUGAUCAUCUUCUCAAAAUGGGGAAUAAUUGCACAGAACUUUUCCAAGGGGGUUAAACAGAAGGUGUGGGGAGAAUGGAAUGGAGUUGACAUUCUUGUCCCAUAAGUUCCUCCAAAUGCACCGCUGACUGAUGCUGAAACCUUCAUUUAGUGUUUUGUUACCUCCGAUGUUGACCAUUCCAAUGCCACACUGGCUUGCAUCCUGAUUCCUGCCACCAUUACAUUAAGCACCUCCCUGCCAAAUGUUAUCUCCUUAUCACCCUAUGGUUAUUGGCCUGUCAGCUUUUCAGUUUCAAUACUUUACCUACACGUACUCCCUCCCUCGCACCUCCAAAGUUUCAAUGUUCUCUACCACUGCCACCUCCACCAUCCCUGCAACCUGUCUCGGCACAGUGAAGACCAAACACUCUCGAAGUCCCUUCCUAGUCCUCUUCACUGAAACACUCUCCUUCCCUCCUUGUGGAGAUAUUAAUGGACAUUUUAUAUCAUAGAAUCAUACAGUAAUGUAGUAAGGAGCCAGGCCCUUCAGCUCUGUACUACUAAGAUUCCCUUUACGCUAGUCCAAUUUGCAUGUGGAUGUGGAGACAAUGUUUCCAUUAGUGGCCGAGUCUUCAACCAGAGGACACAGCCUCAGAAUAGAAAGACGUCCCUUUAGAACAGAGAUGAGGAGGAAUUUCUUCAGCCAGAGAGUGGUGAAUCUGUGGAAUUCAUUUAUUGGGUAGACAUAUUUAAAGCAGAGCCUGAUAGGCCCUUGAUUAGUAAGGGUGUCUAAGAUUACAGGGAGAAGGUAGGAGAAUGGGGUUGAAAAGGCCAGGGCAUCCAUAUACCCACUCUGACAAUGGUAGGAGCCCAUGGCAUAAAAAAGGUUGGGAAACUCUUUUCUAAAUCUUUGCUAUCAAUGUACCUAUCAAAAUGUCCUUUACAUUGUACUUGCCUCUACCAUAUCCUUAUUCCAUCCACAAACCACCUUCUGUGUGAAGAAGUUGCCCUUCAAUUUCCUUUUAAAUCUCACCCUCUGAACAUUCACCUUAUUUAUGCCCCUCAUUAUUUUAUAAACUAUGAAGUCACCUUUUGUUUCCUACAUUCCAAAGAAUAAAGUCCUAGCUUGUUCUACAGCUGUCACUCAGGGCCUCAAGUCCUGGCAAUAUUCUUGUAAAUUUUCUCUACACUCUUUCCAGCUUAAUGACAUCUUUCCUGUAACAGGGUGACCAAAACUGUGCACAAAACUCUAGAUGCGGCCUUACCAAUGUCUUACUCAACUGCAAUAUAACGUCCCAACUCCUGUACUCAGUGUUUAACCGGUGAAGGUUACCUGCUUCAGCACCGUCUACAUGCUCUGCCACUUUCCAGGAACAAAGUACUUGUAGUCUUAGUACUUAGUAGUAGGUAGGACUACUUGUAGCCAUAGGUCCCUCUGUCCUACAACACUCCGCAGAACCUUAAUGUUCAUGGUGAAAGUUACACCAUGAUUUGUCUUCUCAAAAGGUUAUACAUUGCACUUAUUAAACUGAAGGCCAUUUACCAUUUCAUACCCUACUAAUCCAACUGAUCCAGUCAUUACUACCAAAUUACAAGUAAUUUUUUGAUUAUUUUCUUCACUGUGUAUGAUAUCAUCAUGUUUUAGUGCCACUUGCAAACAUUUUGGUUUAGCCUUAAAUUUUGUACAUCUUAUAUUAUGUUAUCUAAUUGGCUCCGGGUAUGUUGUGUUUCAAUCAGACAUUUCCAUUUCAAAAUCAUUCUUCUUGAAAUUUCAUGCCAUUAAAUUUCCACAACAAAACCAAUAUUGCUGUGGGAAAUAACCUGCAUUUAUUCUGGUAUAGGAAAAACUAUAGCUUCAUAAAACAUGGGCUUUGCUUUCACUUGAACUGCUGAAUUCAUACUGUAUCUGGCACACAAGUACUUUGGCAAUCAAUAAAAAUUUUAUUGUGGAAUUAAACUGCUUCAAAUAUUUUCAUCCAGCUGUGAGUGGCUUCAUUGAGUUUAUUGUAAGAUUCUCUCGUUGGUUCAAAUGACCGCAAGAACAGAUGUUCGCCAGGUACUAUCAAGGU